CCAUAUCAGCCUCUAGACAGAUUACGCCACCCAUUUUCAUUUACAUACUAGACAUGGAUUCUAGUGAAUAUUACAAACUACUAUUUACAAAUUUUAAUGAUUAUUCUGUCGUUUCAAUGGUCUCGAAAGCAAUAAUUUAUUUUUUUUAUAAAUCGUUGGUUUAUGAAACCCGUUUCCAGUUGUAACGACAUAUUUAGUGCUGAUCGUGAUUUCGCUGGGAAAGGAGGAGGUAACGCUGGUCGGGUGGUGGAUUCUUCCCAAUGAGAUGUUCUGAAAGAAUCAUGUCAAUGAGUCCUCCUUAUCUGGAGGCGAUUGUGAUAUUUUUGCAUCGGAAGCAAUGAGUGUUUGUAAAUAUUUUCUCAGUACAUGGUAACAGUGAUGUGAAUGGUUUGAACUUCUUUCUGGAUUGAAGUUCAACUUUCCAGUGAUUAAAAGGAGCGAAUACUCGGUGCCUGUAAAAAAGUGUUUACUCAAGUGAAACGUGAUUGCUUUCAGUGAGCACUUGUGAUCCGAAUCUUGGGAGAAUACAAUAAAAGGUCAUUUUGUGGAAAAGUGUUAUUUUUUUCUAUCAAAAUUUCCAUCAAAAUGGAGCUUAAACCUUGGACAAUGCAUCCCCCUAUUGACGACGAAGCCCCCAAAGAUCCUGGAAUAUGUCAACCAACUCAUCAAGAAUUCACAGAAAAAGAUUUCGAGGGACACCGAGCCCAUACAGUUUACGUAGGUGUUCAUAUGCCGGGCGGGGGUAGACGGCAUUCACACAGGCGACACAAACAUCAUCACAAGGACGAAAGUGAUGAUAAGAUUACAGAUAUUGAAAGGCCAAGACCUGGUGCUGUGCUAGUGAGCCGUCGUAGAAUAAGUAUUUCAGAAGAUGGAGAAAUUUUCACCCCACCGGCACAAAGAGUACAAUUUAUCCUGGGCGAGGAUGUUGACGACGGUACACAUGAGUCUCAUCCACUUUUCUCCGAAAUGGAGGAACUUGUUAAGGAAGGCGACGAUAUCGAAUGGAAGGAAACCGCGCGCUGGAUUAAGUUCGAAGAGGACGUGGAAGAGGGUGGAAAUCGCUGGUCUAAACCACAUGUCGCCACCCUCUCCUUGCACUCCUUAUUCGAGUUGCGAAGCUUAAUACUGAAUGGCACUGUCAUAUUAGACAUGGAGGCUUGUACAUUGGAAUUGAUUGCUGACUUGGUUUGUGAGAAUAUGAUUAACGCUGGAACACUGCCUACGGAAAAGAAGGAACUGGUUAGGGACGCUCUACUGAGGAGACAUCGUCAUCAACAUGAAAAUUAUCCGAAGAGACGAGAUAAUAAUAUGAGUCGUCUUCCAAUCAUUCGUUCACUAGCGGAAAUUGGUCGAAAUCAUUCAUCAUCAAAAAAUCUUCAGCAACAAUCACCACCCGUGAAACAUGCAACGUCACCAAAUCCAUUGCAUGUUACAUCAUCAUCAUUUUUCGACCUAGGCGAUGCGCGUUCUCCAUCUCCGCAAACAGCCCUUCUCAGUGGAUCUAAUAGAGAUCAGCGCGGCUGUUACCUAGCCGUGCCAACAGAAGCCGACAUGGUGAAAAGUCCUAGUAGUCAAUCAAUGAUGCGUGUUACGAGCAGCACAGAGAUCGGUGAUCACAGAGCCAACACUCAGUUCAUGCGGAAAAUACCGCCAGGAGCAGAAGCAAGCAAUAUCCUUGUAGGUGAAGUGGAUUUCUUGGAUAAGACCCUUUCAGCUUUUGUACGCCUAAAGCAAGCAUCUGUCAUGGGUGAUUUGACGGAAGUUCCAGUUCCAACGAGAUUCAUCUUCAUCCUGCUAGGCCCGCCCGGAAGUCACGGUAGCUUCCACGAAAUUGGUCGUGCUAUGGCCACUCUUAUGUCAGACGAGAUAUUCCACGAGGUCGCCUACCGUGCCAAAAAACGUGACCACUUACUUGCCGGAAUCGAUGAAUUCCUCGAUGCAGUCACCGUUCUUCCGCCCGGUGAGUGGGACCCGGCCAUUCGGAUAGAACCUCCAGCUGCUAUUCCAUCCCAAGAAGAUCGAAAACGUCCACCGGAAAAUCCAAAAAAGGAAGAAGUCGACGAAGAGGAGGAGGAGCAACGACUACGAGAGGAGUCCGGACUGUCCCGGACCGGUCGUUUAUUCGGAGGCCUGAUAAAUGAUUUCAAACGAAAGGCACCCUGGUACUGGGCCGACUUUAAGGAUGCUCUUUCGUUGCAAUGUAUUGCGUCCUGGAUAUUUUUAUAUUUUGCUUGUCUGUCACCUAUUAUUACGUUUGGUGGUUUGCUCAGUGAGGCCACUGGAAAGAAUAUGGCUGCUAUGGAGUCGCUUGUUUCGGGAUUUGUUUGCGGAAUGGGGUAUGGAUUUUUUUCGGGACAGCCGCUAACUAUUUUAGGAUCAACGGGUCCUGUACUGGUGUUCGAAACGAUAGUAUACACGUUUUGCCAAGAACGGGAGUGGGAUUAUAUGUCGUUUAGGUUCUGCAUUGGAACAUGGAUUGCCAUCAUUUUGCUGAUAUUGGUGGCAGUGGAUGCUAGUGCAUUAGUUUGCUAUAUAACACGGUUUACUGAAGAGAAUUUUGCAACGCUCAUUGCGUUCAUAUUCAUUUAUAAGGCUGUUGAAAAUGUGGCUUUGAUUCAAACGAAAUUCCCUAUUCAUGCCAAGACUGCAUAUGACUGUGUUUGUACACCGCCUAUAGGUAGUAAUGAUUCGUUAUUGGAAUGGGCAAAAUAUGAUAAAGCCCAAUGCUUGAAUUUCAACGGUACCCUGAUUGGUGCGGAUUGUUCUAAACCAGAAGCAUCGAAUGUAUUUCUUAUGUCCGUCAUCUUAUUUUUGGGAACCUUCAUCACGUCAAUUAUACUAAAAGAUUUCAAAAAUGCUCUAUUCUUUCCGUCAUGUAUUCGUCAAGUUAUCAGUGAUUUUUCUGUGAUUAUCGCCAUUUUUUCAAUGUCAUUGAUGGACUUUUUAAGCGGAUUACCCACCCCUAAGCUGGAAGUACCGAACGAAUUUAAACCAACCUUACCAAGCAGGGGAUGGGUUAUAGCACCUUUCGGCAAAAAUCCAUGGUACAGUGGAGUCAUAGCAGUUUUUCCUGCAUUGCUUGGAACCAUCCUUAUAUUCAUGGAUCAGCAGAUUACGUCGGUCAUAAUUAAUCGGAAGGAAAAUAAGUUGAAGAAAGGAUGCGGAUAUCAUUUGGAUUUGUUCGUUUUGGCGAUAUUGAUUCAAGUAUGCUCAGUGAUGGGAUUGCCAUGGUUCGUUGCUGCAACCGUGCUCAGUAUUAAUCACGUGAAUUCUUUGAAGUUAGAAUCGGAAUGCGCAGCACCCGGUGAAAAGCCACAAUUCUUGGGAGUACGAGAGCAACGUGUAACGCACAUAUUAAUAUUUUUAACAAUUGGUUGCUCAGUCCUGCUAACACCUCUUCUGAGUCACAUUCCAAUGCCUGUUCUGUUUGGCGUAUUCCUCUAUAUGGGCGUUGCUUCUCUUAAAGGACUCCAGUUCUUUGACAGAUUAUUGAUCAUAUUCAUGCCAGCCAAAUAUCAACCGGACUUCAUGUUCCUAAGGCAGGUUCCACUUCGACGAGUCCAUUUAUUCACGCUUAUCCAGUUCGCCUGUCUCGUUGUUCUCUGGCUGAUAAAAUCAUUCCAAAAGACAUCAAUACUCUUCCCGCUCAUGUUAGUUGUGAUGAUUGGUAUUCGAAAAUCACUGGAUUUCCUAUUCACUCGACGCGAAUUGAAGAUCCUUGAUGACAUCAUGCCCGAAAUUAUAAAACGACAACAGGACGAUUUGCAUCGCCUUGAGGAUGGAACAGGAGAGGAUAAUAAUGGUCAUCAUCCGGAUGAUCAUCAUUCGUAUCAAACACCAGCAUCUACCGAGGGCAUACGUAUACCACUAGCUAACGGUAAUAUAAUGAAUAUACCGAUUAAUAUAUCUGAAGAAGUGAAUAAAACUUCAAUAUGGAAACAAGUAAAUAAUGAGAAAAUCACAAGAAAUAUAGAUGCACCAACACCGGAAAAUUUAUUUCCGGAGAUAAUGUCGGGACAAAUAACAAUAACGGUACCGCAUAAAAGGAAGAAUGGAAAGAAUCACCACUCAAACGAUAAGAAAUAUAAAAAUUGUAGAAAAGAUUAUAGUCCAACAACAGAUAAUCGAUUAACAACAAUGAAUGAGGAAGAAGAAUCUAUAGCAGCAACAACAGAGAUACAGCACAAUGACGAUGGUGGAGUAAAUAAAACCACAGCUAAGUUCGAUAUAGUGCAAGUUUAAGAAACCAUCACAGAAUUAAUAACAUCGUUUUCUCCGAGAACAGAUGAAAUUGAUGUCAAUUGAUUCGCAACCAAGUUCAUCUGAUUCUCAGAAAAAUAAACCAUCGGAUAAAAAUGAGCAGUUCUGGAGUGGCUCAAAAUCCACAUCAAAGAAGAAAUUAAAACCAUCGAAUGAAACAACCGUAUAACAAAGAGUAAUGGAAAAUUUUGUUUCGCCUAUUGCAUAGUAGGGCCUUUGAGAAUGUUAAGUUACGUACAAAAUACUUUUAAUUCAUUGUUGAUAUUGUUUUAUUAGUAUUACCUUGUUUAAAGAUGAAUAUGUUGUAAAUAUGUAGCGAAAAUAGUGUAAAUUUUUACCGUGAAAGGAUCUAGAAAAAAAUGUUAAAAUCCCUAUAUAGCAGGAAAAAUAGUAUAAAUGUAUAGAUCAUCUUAUCUUUACUGCCUCCAUUGAUAAUCUUGAAAAUAAAAGAUGGAAUGAUCAUGAAAGUUUCAGAAAUAAAGUACAUAAAUUAAAGGCAACAGGAUAUUUGGAAAGAAAAUUAAUAAUAAAUGAAUAAUGAAAAUAGUUGAAAGCCUACUAAAAACAAAGAUGAAAAUAUUAUUCAUCUUAAAUAGAAAAUUUAAUGAAACUAGUAAAUACACAAAUGAUAAUUUAAUAUAAUUUUUAAAAGUAAAUAUUUUUCUGCUUAACAUUUUUUCUUAUCCUGUGUCUAUUGUAAAAACUCAUUAAAUAUCAGAAAUAACAUUAUUAACUCUUAAUAAACUUAGAUUAUUUCAAUAUCGCAUUGUGUGUACUAAUAAAAGGUUUAAGAAUGCAAAAUAUUUGUGUAUUCUUAUCCCAAACUAACGCAAACAACUUAGAAUCAUGCCUCAUUUAGGCUCCCUUAAACACUGUAAAAGAAGCAUAGAGAAAUGUACAAAGGAAGUCGUAGUCACCUAUUAUCUUACUGUUGAAUUAAAAAUUCAGAUCUUAUGAUGUUUCUACUUUGUGCGUAGAGAGAAAGUGUUUUCAGGCAAAUACCACCUUAAAUGAUUAUGUUCAUUUAUAAAAGGAAAUAAUAUUGUAUAUUAGAUACUUUCUGUCGACAGAAAACCACUAAAUAAACAUUCUUUUAGUGUUAUUUCUAUGUCCUCUAUGGAACCAUUCUCUAAUAUUUGCGGUUAUCGAAUUGUAUAAUAAAGAUCUAAAAAAUAUAUCUUUUGAAUAAAUUUUCAUAGAUUUAUUAACUUUACAAUUCAUAAUUUUGUAAUUUCACUUCGAACUUGAGCUCAAUUUUAUAUUUCAAUGAACCUUCCACGUAAACUACUGAAAUGACAUCACAUGACAUCAAAGUAACGCACAAAGUAGAAAACAUAAAAUUUGAUCCUGAAAAGUUUUAGACUAAUUUUUCUCUAUGUUGAAUUUAAAAUUAAGCAAAUCAGAAAUCUAAUCUGUAAAAAAAUACAUAAAAUAUAUUAUAAUAUAUUUUUAAGAAAUAUAUAAACCAAAAAACCAGCAAAACCCAUCACAAAAAAAAAAUUAUUAAAACCAAAAACAGAAUGAAAUUAAACCGUCUAGUGUUAUUCAGAUGAAUUUUACUACCAAAAAAGCAACAUUUAUUAGUGUUCAAUUAUUUAUUACAUUUCUACUUAUAUACAUUGAAAGAAAUGAAAAUAUAUAUAUAUAUAAAUAACAGUAAAAACUGUAUAACAAUAAUAUAUAUAUAUACGAUUUAAAAUUUGAGAAAAAAACCCUUGUAAUACGUGAAAUGAAUUUUACGAAAAUUUUUAGGAUAAAAUAUAUUAUACUUAUGUUAUUAUGAACUUAUAUAAAAUAAAUGAAUAAAAAGCUAUACAGAA